AUGACGUACCCCAACGGAAACUCGAAUGGCUCAGUCAAUGAUGCCGCGGAUGUAGAGCGUCUUGCUCUGUCCUCAAACCUGCCAGAUGCCGUGUCUGAUCUCCUUCAGACGGUUGCGAGUCACGGCAAAGAUCUCCUCGCCCAGGAUCCCGAAGCACGGGCCAAACUGCUAGAAGCUACCCGGUCAUUGACCUAUGCAUUGGAAACACCCCGAGAGGCAAUUAUCCGGCACUGCUGGUCCGAGUCUACGAGUUAUGCAGCACUAGAGACCGCCGUUGAUAUAAACCUCUUCUCGGCUCUCGGCACAGAUGACAAACCGAAGACCGUCGCAGAGCUUGCUAAGGCAACUAGCGUGGAUCCAAUCUUGCUCGAGCGAUUGAUGAAGCAUCUCGCUGCAAUGGGAACAAUAACCGAGACCGGUCACAACAAGUACUGCCCUACUGGGUUCUCGAAGGUCCUCACAGUUGAGAAAUACAGCGGCGCAUUCCCGCUCAUGACCCGCCGUUUCACCAAAGGCAUUAUGGCCCUACCGGCCUUCCUUAAGAAGAACAAUUACCAAAACCCCACAAGUCCCACAGAUACGGCUUUCCAGAUGGGCUAUGAAACAGACAUGGGUUUCUUCGGACAUGUGCAGCAGGAACCGAUUACAGCAAAGCAGUUUAAUGAACACAUGUCGGUCUACGCUCAAGGCCGAGCCCGCUGGAUGGAUCACGGUUUCUACCCGGUCCAAGAGAAGCUUGUAGAUGGUGUCACGAUAGGCGACGACGAUGUCCUGCUCGUUGAUGUCGGAGGCAGCUUUGGCCAUGAUCUAUCCGAUUUCCGUCGGAAAUGGCCUGGCGCCCCUGGUCGUCUAGUGCUUCAGGAUCUUCCUGAGGUGGUGGUUUCCGUUAAUAACCUGCAUCCCUCUAUUGAUGUUACUGGUCAUGAUUUCUUUACUGAGCAACCAGUGAAAGGAGCCCGCGCGUACUAUAUGCAUUCUGUUCUUCAUGACUGGCCCGAUGAGCUUUGCCGUAAGAUUCUCGCUAAUAUCGUGGCCGCCAUGCGUCCCGGGUAUAGCAAGCUGUUGGUGAACGAGAAUGUGAUUCCGGACACGGGGGCCUACUGGGAAACCACAAGUCUGGACUUGAUUAUGAUGGAGAUUGGAUCUGGCGAGCGUACGGAACGCCAAUGGCAUGCAUUGCUUGAGUCUGCUGGGCUCAAAAUUGUCAAGAUCUGGACUGCCCAGAGGGGUGUGGAGAGUCUGAUUGAGUGUGAGUUAGCUUGA